AUGGCGGUGUUGCCUGAUGUACUCGAGGAUACGGGCUCUCAAUCGCCCGUGCCCCCGGAUGCCGAACUUCUGAAAGUUGAUACCUGUCUCAGCGUCGGGGCGCUGUCGUUGAAGUUCGACAUAGCAGAGCUCUGGCGGUUUGGGCCGGACACCAGCAAGAGCAGAAGCGGUAAGGCACGGGAGGUGCGGGGAGGUGCGGGGGGCGCCAGCGGCGUGGCCGGAGGGGGUAACGUGAAGGCUCACUGCGAGCACGUGUACACGAUGCCCGCGACGUUGAAGACAUACAGCGGGCGCAUCAUGGGGAUGUGGAAUUCCGGCUUUGACGAUUCGAGAGCACCUCAGCAUCAUGUACUUUCGCCGCAGCUGUGCGAGCAAGCGCGAGCGAGCGAGUGUCCGCUGUGGUUCAAAUCAACCCCUGCGAGGAAGCUACACCCGUCCCUGCCCAUCAACACCGCUGUCGUGCUGCCGGUGCACUUGCACGUCGAUUCGGACGACGAGGAUAAGAUGGCGGACGACACCUACAUCGCGGUGUUUCUGUCGCUCACGCUACACGAGCGCAACCUGCUGUCGCUGGAUUUCUUGGAGCACAUCUCCAAGGCCGCCACAACCCUGUUCCUCGAGCAGAAGGAGAAGAAGAAGAUGAAGAUGAAGCUGCCGUGUGGGGUGGCAAAGGGGCACCCCGAGAAGUCUGCGUUUGUCGAGACUCACCUUCAAGACGUGCCGGUUGUGGCUCACCCCGGCGGGAUGCUCAACACGAACGUGGCGUGGGCAGAGCUUGGGGAUGUCGAUUUCCUCGUGAAUGGCAGCAGAUGUACCAUCUACACGGCGGUCUACAAGGACCAGCAGGUGGUGGUGAAGCUCAUGCGGAAGGACGUCCAGGAUGCGGCCCUGGUGAGGGACGAGCUAGAGCUAGAGCUGGCGUUGCUCCGAAGGGUACGGCACGAGAAUAUCGUGCGGCUGCUUGGGGCGGGGAAGGACCCCGAGAGGUUCUUGAUCAUCGCGAGACUCGACGGGGGCACACUCUCGCAGCGCUGCGACCACGGGUCGAGGCUGCGCGAUCGACGAGGACGGUUCAAGACCGGGAAACCCUUCAGCCACAUGCAGUUGCUUCGGUGCGCGCGGCAGCUGGCGGCAGCUUUGCGGCACCUCCACGAGGAGGCCAUUCCGGGCAGGAUGGUGGUGCACAGGGACGUUAAGCCGGACAACAUCGGCUUCAACGCUGACGGCGACCUGAAGCUGCUGGAUCUGGGCCUUAGCAAGGUGGUGUCCAAGAGCGAGGUGGACAACGCCAUGUUCAACAUGACGGGCGAAACUGGCUCGGUUCGAUACAUGGCGCCAGAGGUCGCCGAGUCGCGGCCCUACAACGAAAAGGUGGACGUCUACUCGUUCGGCAUCAUCCUUUGGGAGAUGUCCACGCUCAAGAAGCCGUUUGACGGCAUGGGACGCGACCGAUUCCUCUCGCAGGUCAUCCGAGGAUCGCACCGACCCCCGGUACACAAGAAGUGGCCCAAGCCUUGGUCCGAACUCAUGCAGUCUUGCUGGGCUGAAGACCCUACGAAACGACCGUCCUUCGCGAAAGUCGGCGACCUGUUGCAGGGGAUGCUGCAAGAUGGAAUAGACCAGAACUGGAACAAGGCGCCCCCGACUGGCUUCAUGUCCAGGCUAGGGCUGAAGAACCGACACAGCUCGUGGUUUUGAGCAUGGCAGUUCGUUUGUUGUAGUGCUUUCAUUUUUUCCCGAGGACGGGGGGUCACGUCUCCGUGAAUAUUGUGUCUGUUAGAACCCCGUGUCUUUACCAUGCGUGUAACCUCACCGGGCAGUAUCUACUUGUUGUCUAUUGUUUUGUUUUUCGAAUUCGUAUUCACAAUCGGUUGUUGCUUCUUGUGCUUCCUCACCCCUUUCGUGCCUUCAAGGCCGAAGCAAGCUUGUGGUGAGGAGAGGAGUUGUUUUUGUCUUUUGCUCUGGGCUGGGUCUUGGUUUGUUUGUGUUUAGUGUUGUGCGAGUAUCUGUGUGCCAAGCAACGCGGCGUAGACGCCGGGAGCACAUGUACAGAAUUGCUCGAUGUAGCAUGCGCGUGGUUGUGUGGUCCCGUUUUUCUCUGUAGUACUGUUGACAUGUUUAUGACACCUGCC